GUCAAUCGUUCGGAACGCCCAUAAGUGGGCGUUGUGGAACGGAGCGGAGUGACCCUCCUCGCGUGCCGUAGAGAAUUCACUAUUUCACCGGUUAUUCACACAGCGUGCAGAUAUGGAUGCCGAGCAGAUGGGCCCUCAGACUUUCCUUUACGGCUGCGAGCUGAAGGCGGGAAAGGAAGUGACGUUUAACCCUGAGGAUGACGACUUCGAGCAUCAGCUCUCCGUCAGGAUGGCAUGCAUUGAUCCAGCCACCAAAGACGAGCUGAAUGUGGUGGAAGUCGAAGGUCAGGAUGCUGAGGGUCAGAAGGUCAAAGCCGUGCUGGCCACGCUGAAGCCGUCCACAAUGCCAAGCGUGUGUCUCGGUGGCUUCGAGGUCAGUCCUCCUGUAGUUUUCCGUCUGCGUACUGGCUCUGGUCCAGUUCACAUCAGUGGCCAGCACCUCAUCAUGAUGAGUGGAGAUCAGUCUUUUGAUGAAGAUGAUGAGGAAGAGGAGGAGGAGGAGAUAAAGACAUCUGUAAAGAGAGGAGCCCCAACCCUCGUAAAGCCAUCUAAAAAGCUGAAGAGGGAGGAGGAAGAUGACGAUGAGGACGAGGAAGACGACGAUGAGGAUGAGGAGGAUGAUGAAGAGGAUGAGAGUGAAGAGGAGACUCCUGUGAAGGCCAAGAAGCAGACCCCCAAACCACAAACUCCUGCUCAGAACGGCAAAUCCAAAACACCCGCGCCCAAACAGCAAAACAAAACACCAGAUGCCAGCAAGAAGAACGAGAAGAAACCUCAGACCCCCAAAAGCCCCAAGACUCCAAAAACUCCACAAGCACCUCUAAGCAUCCCAGAGAUCAAGGCCAAGAUGAUGGCUAGUGUCGAGAAGGGAGUAACGCUGCCCAAACUUCAGCCCAAGUUUGAAAACUAUGUGAAGCAUGGCUUCAAAGUAACUGAUGCAAAGUUGAUGGAAGAGCUGUGGCAGUGGAGACAGACAGUGAAGAACUAACUGUUUUACAGUUACAUUUUGUUUGUGGUUUUAUUUUGUGUUUUUUUUUAUUUCCCCCUCUUGAGUUUUGCAUGAGAUCUGUGCCAUUCCUUUUAAAAAUUCCUUUAAAUGUCACUUUAUUCCUUUUUAUUUUAUUUUAUUUUUUUUUUUUUUUUUCCUGAUUCAUACCUGCCAACGUUCUGUCUCACAGGAGGAACCUCAAGGCCCCCCUCUCAUAAUUAUUUUUUGAAAUUGUGUUUUCUAUAGUAUUCUGAAGCUCCUGCCAGUUUCUGGUUCCUUUCAGAGGCUGGGAAAGUGUUUUUCUCCCCCGAUCUGUAAAAUUCUUGAGUGCAGCUAAUGGACAAUGUCUCUGAAUGUUUCUAAGUCCUGUGCAAGUUGUGAAGUGUGUGAAUCCAUACUUGUGAAUAUACUGUAAAAUAGAACAGAUCGGAUGUUUUGCUCCAAGAAAAGCCGUUGGAACCAAAUUUACUGCACAGGAAUAAAGUUUUUUUUAUUUUUCUCUCCCCUUAACCACUGUAAAUAAAAAGCUAAGGAAAGUGGAACUUC